AUGAGUGCUUUCAAAGGGUUUGUCAAGGACGGAUGGCACCCUACAGGGAGGGACGGCGGCCGCGAGAGCUGGCGUGGUGACUUCAAGGGCAUUAAUCAAGUGGCCGGAUGGGUAGGAAAAGGGAAAGAUUCGGGCGGCGCAGGCCCGAGGAAUGAGCACAUUGCGAGGCCGGUAUCAACCCUGCGAGACCCCUCGUCCUUCGCACCACCUCCCAGGCGUGUCAAUACUACACCUAACGGGGUAGCCUUUGCAGCCUCCCAUGCACAGGUUCAGGAGACGGUACCCUCGCGCUCCCCGCCACCUCCAGUUCCGUCUCGCGCCAACAGCACGAACCCGUCCACGAACUACUCCGCUCCCCAAAGCAAAUCACCAGGAGCGGAUUCUUACAAUAACUACCUGACUGCCAAGCCUAAGCCAUCGCUACCCCCCCGAUUACCUCCUCGAGGGGAUUCGACUACCUCGCCCUCGCCCCCACCUCCGCCCUACGAAGCGACACAUGUCCAGACGGAAUCGUACCUAAAUCAAGCAUCCAUGGGGCGACUAGCGAGUGUAGGUGUCUCUGUGCCGGCAUUAGGCAUUCAGCGCCUCUCCAGCACAGCUCCAGGUUCCCAUGCGCAGUCCCAGAGCCAAACUGGAUCAAAUGCUGCAAAUGAGUUGCAGGCGCGGUUCUCGCAGCUUAACACAUCCUCGCCGGUUUCUUCUUCUUUUCAGGGUGCUAAAACUUCCCCUAAUCAAGGGUUUGGGUCUCAGCAACCAAAUGCUAGCCCGGUCGCUUUACCCAUCGCUUCCCAACCCGCCACCCAAAAUACCGUAAACAAUCAAGCCUCCGCCGAAUCACGUCCGAACCUUCCAGCAUCCAUGAAUAGCUUUCGAGAGCGUCACGGUGAUCAAAUUCAAUCUGUGAAGGGUAAACUAAAUGGGCUAAACCAAAAAUACGGCAUCACGAAACGAAUCAAUGAGUUUAUAGAAGACCAAAAGUCACCUGCAAACCCGAAUUCUGCUGCUGCGGCUCCCCCGCCUGGACAGGCUACCCCCAAUCACCCAUAUUCUUCACCUAAUGCUUCUCGACCCGACCUAGACGCCCUGAAUAAGAGAAAGCCGCCCCCUCCGCCUCCACCGCCGAAAAAACCGUCUAUGCAGUCCAACCCAAUCAGUAACUCACCCUCACCGCCACCAUUACCAUUGAAUACAAAACCGCGGUGA